GGGCCGCAAUGGGCCUUCAUUUUACGUUUUUGUUUUUCCUUUUCCACUCUAUCAGUCUAUCCUCCUUCUAGAUGGAAAAUCUUUGAGUCCGUUUCGGCUGUUUCUUCCUUCCACCGCUGGCGAUUAAUCUCCGGGUUGUCGUGUGCGUGCGUGGAGAGGCACUGACACUGACAGCAAGCAUUAGGCAGCCGUUACGGGUGGAGAUUCGAGAAGAUGGCCGAUCGCCGGCCGGCCGGCGAGCGAGGGGCUGCAUUGCAUUGCAGGCAGCUAGUGUAGCCAGCAACGGGACAAGACAGCGCAAUUAAGAGAGUAGAGCAUCAGUUACCACUGAUCGAUGAGCUUAUAUAUAUGUGUGUGCCAUUGGUGAGUGAUCCUCAUCGAUCCUCCAUUUCUUCCAAUCUCUGUAGCUAGCUUCGAGAGGGAGCUAGAGAGAGCAUGGAGGCGAGGGAGGAGGAGAGGGGGAAGAAGAAGCUGCUGGUGAAGGGGAAGAAGAAGAAGAAGGCGGAAGCAUCAACUGCAGGGUCGUCGUCUUCCUCGGCGGCGGCGGCGGUCGACGGGAACAGCCAGGAGCUGCAGGAGGAGGAUGAGGCGCUGCGGAGGAACAACGGGCGGCGGCGGCGGGGGCCAUGGCGGUGGAGGCUGAGGAGGAAGGUGAGGGAGCACCGGGCGAGGUUGUACAUCGUCCGCCGCUGCGUCCAAAUGCUCCUCUGCUGGCGCGACGACGACGACGACGACAGCAACUAUAUGCCAGAUAGCUGCUAGCUGGCACCUUAAUUGCUUCCCUUCUUACUUGAUCAGCAGCAUUAACCAAUGUUAAUUAUGCAUGCGAGCUAGCUAGCUCGGAUCAUAUCAAAUUUGCGUGCAUGUGUGUAAUUCCUCUCCUUAAUUCCUUCCAUGGUUCAUCCAUCCAAUAUCCCCCCGUCGGUCGAUCGAUCUAUUCUCUAGUUGGUUUUUUAUCUGUCUGCGAGAUCAUGCUCAAAGGUGCUGCUCAUAGGGGUAGCCAGUAGGAUAUGCGUGUGUACGUUCAUAACGGUGAGUGUCCGUGCGUGUUUGCGAGCGUCUGUGCCUGUAAUCUGUUUUCUCAAAAAGAAAAAAAAAUUGUACUCUCUCGACUUCUUAAUA